AUGCUAGAUGUUGGUCGCGAGGCUCGGAAGGUCAAUUGCCCAAACUCCACACGAUCUGGCGGUAUGAUCCUACACUACGAAGACUCGUUGAGGUCCCGCUGGAAUUAUGAGGCAUUCUGGCAUGAAGAGCCUAGGGCUUUGUCACAAACCGAUGACGAGUAUUGGAUCGUCGCCCAACAUCACUCCAUCCUCUACCCCACCAAAAUCCUUCUAAUGCAGGUUCAGUCGGACAACUUUGGUGCCAUAUCUUACACUGUCUACUUCAUCUUCCGGACCUUUGCCAUCCUGGUUACCUGCAGCAACUACUGGGUGGUGGAAACAAGAAGGCGUGAGAUUGUUGACAAAGCGGCAAAGUGGAGUGCUGAGGCAAUGCUGCCAGUCAUGAAGUUUGACGGUACCCCCAUUUAUCCAAAGCCCAUCUUGGAGGGAACUGGUCCCAACAAGAUCUGUCAUGUACCCGGAUCACCAACUCAAGUAUCAAUGAAGAAGGUGAACAAGGAAGAGUUCCAUGAUUUAUCCAAGAAACUCAUCGGAAGGCUUACCGCGGAGCGGAGUAUGUUAGGUAUGGCGCCAACAUGA